GUUGCCUAGUCUUAGGGACAGCCUCUCACACACCAUCUCUAUAGCCUCACCAUCUGGGAAACUAACUCACCUGCAAUUUCUCCAACCAAAUAGCCGAAAGCCCAACAUUUUGACUACUGCCAUCUGACAUGGAAGCCCAGCAAAGACACGGACACCACUCACUUUGCCACACCUGCCGGAGAACGGAGAGCAGCAGAAUGAAGGUCAAAAAGAUGUCCUCGACCAGUCGCGCGCUGGUGUUUGCACUGGCCCUGGCGCUCUACGUUGUGGAAAUGGCCUCGGCAGAGACGCUGUGUGGGGGAGAGCUGGUGGAUGCGCUGCAGUUCGUCUGCGAAGACAGAGGCUUCUAUUUCAGUAGGCCGACCAGCAGGGGUAGCAACCGGCGCCCCCAGAACCGUGGGAUCGUAGAGGAGUGUUGUUUCCGUAGCUGUGACCUCAACCUGCUGGAGCAGUACUGUGCCAAACCCGCCAAGUCCGAAAGGGACGUGUCGGCCACCUCUCUACAGGUCAUACCCGUGAUGCCCGCACUAAAACAGGAAGUCCCAAGGAAGCAGCAUGUGACUGUGAAAACUUCCAAAUACGAGCUGUGGCAGAGGAAGGCGGCCCAGCGGCUCCGGAGGGGUGUCCCCGCCAUCCUGAGGGCCAAAAAGUUCCGAAGGCAGGCGGAGAAGAUUAAAGCCCAGGAGCAGUCGAUCUUCCACAGGCCCCUGAUCAGCCUGCCCAGCAAACUGCCUCCCGUGUUGCUCACCACGGACAACUUUGUCAACCACAAAUGAGCCCGCUGCCAGCCCUUUGCACAGACAAGAAGUUUUGAGGGUGAAAAAAAAAAAAAAAAAGACUAGGGGAUUAUAGCUUUGUCUCUGACGUCAUUUCUGUGGCAGUCCUCUUUGACCUCCCCUGCCCUGUCCGAGCCCACCAGUCCCUCCCCCCUGCUCUCUCGUCCACCACGUCUUGAACCCCUGGGCCUUUUUUCUAACGCCCCCCCCACCCCCACCCCCUCGACCCGACCCACCCUCCUCCGGCACACAAACAUGCCUUCACAUUCUUCCUGUCUGAACUCUUUCGCUCCCUCUCUCUUUCAGUCACUGAUACAAAAGGCACAAAACACAAACGUCGAACAAAAAGUUAACAAUUUGGCUGAACGCGAUUCAGGUGGAUCUUUAAGCAAAAGAGAAAAAGGGAAGGGAGAAACGAAGAUGAAAGAGAUCUGUGGUUUGCAAGUGUCAAGAGGACACCUAGCGGAAUGUUUUUUUCUGUGGAAGACAACCGAAAGUGAAGAGCAGCUUGCAUGAAAGAAUCCAUUCCACACCAUUUCUCCUGAGGCAAAAAGAAAAUCUCUUGUUAGUUUCUUUUUCUUAUUAGUUUGCACCUCUACCUAUAAAGGGACUUCCACACUGUAAGGAAUUAUUUUGUAAAAUUAGAUUCCUGUUCCAGCACCUUUUGAUCACAAACAAAAAGCAGAAAAGAGUCUGCAAAAUUGCACAUUGCCACGGAUUACGUCAAAGUAAAGAAAAAAAUGGCACUAUUUUUUUAUGAACAAUGAACGUGUAGCUUAAAAAAAUGUCAUGGUGCUAGCUUUGGGAAUGGACUCAAAGAAGAGGUUGAAAAGCACGUUUUUUUUUUUCUUUGAAUGAAUAUUAAAACUUUCCGUUUUAAGGAAAGUGUGACUUUAAAUAAGGAAAAUAAAGGAUAUGGGGGAGCUCCUGACAGUGGCAAUGUCAAGGGGAAGAGUCACUGAGGAAACAAAUGGGCUGUGCUGGCGUCUAGGCUCAUGGCGAGUGCUAGCGGCUGCUCAUUACAAGAUGGCCAGCAUCGCAGCGAGGAGGGACGCGAGACCGAGUCCUCAAUCCUCCUGUCCCUCCGAAGCUGCCGGACAAACGGAGCAGUGUGGGGACACAUGGGACACUGUGGACCGCCUGGAAUGGGACAGUACUACAGUUCUGGGACAGUACUUCCAGUUUGCCAUGGCUUUGCAGACUGCUCUGACAGGACGUAACAUGACAUGGACAAAGGACGAGUGGGAUAAUGAUGAUUAUAUUUUAUUUUGUCUUUUUUUCAUAUCAAUGUUUCAAUGAAAAAAAAAAAAAAAAAGGAAAACCCUGUCAGUUUCUGGUACCGUGACAUUCCUGUUUUUCCAAGUUAGGCAUUUUUUUGUUUUCAUGGUUAUUUUUUUAUGUUAUUUUACAGUUUUAAAGAAAGGCACAAAUUCAAUUCAAAGGGAAUAAAACAGCAAUAAUGUCAACUAACAUUUUAUUUUUAUUGUAUAUCAGUAGUAUUCACAUGCUUUUGCCUGAAAACAAAUACUUGAAAAUAUAUAUAUAUAUAUACACGUCUAUAUAUAUAUAUAUCUAUAUGUAUAGAUAUAUAUAUGUAAAUAUAUAGAUAUAUAAUUAGUUUCCAGGGACGUUGUGUUAUUUUCCUUUAGUCUGAGCUGUAUCUUGCGUAAUGAGCCGCCAAGCUUUUUUGUUUGUUGAAAUACAAAUAAGGGCACUGUAUAAAGGCAUUAUUUAUUUUGUUAUAAAAUAUAUUUGAAAAAAUUGGUCCAAAUAAUAUACGUAGCACUGAUGCUCAACUGACGGAUUUAUUUUGUAUGAUCUCUGUUUUCCAAUUGGAGUUGUAAGGCUUUUUUUGUAGAUGCUUUGUACCAAAAAUAAUGUCUGUUUUUUUUUUCUUUCCUUUUUUCAUUUGCCAUAGUUACUUUUUUAAAAGAAAAAUAAUACUUUAACAGCAGCAUAGCCUGGUUGUUAUGUCACAGAAAUAGGCACAUACUCUGAAUACGUUGGGUUUCCAGAAGCCUGUCAGGGUCGUCUGAGAAAAAGGAAAGCAUCGGCGAGUGACUUUCUCGAAAAAUACCUGCUUAACAUUGAUUGUACUCAAACCCACUAUGUUUUUAACGCCACUUUAGUAUUGGAUGGCAAAAUGGGGGAAAUGACCGGUUCUUCAGUCAAUCAUGUGUUUGUAAUUGUGCAUGGUGUCCUACGAUCCUCUGAGGAGCCUCUGAUAUGUGCCAGUGCCACUGAAUGCUGCUGAGUGUUGGUUGAAUCGUAAGCCCGCAAGCGUCCGCUCGGCUGUAGGUUUAGGGUUUCGCUCGUGAGUGAGUUCAACAAGUCAUCAUAUUGAUGCCCUAAUUGGAGGGGAUGAUGUGGCUAUGAUGCUAGCAACCAUCAGGGGGUCACGUAAAGGUCAUUGAAUGUCAAAUUGAGACAUCUAUCUAUCUGUCUAUCUAUCUACUUGUCUAUCUGUCUGUCUCUGAAGUCUCUUUUCAUUCAAUGGCCCUGGCCUCACGUAUCUUUCUUUGCAUGGCAUGUAUGCGGGUGUCGAUCACCCCUCACCAUCUUCAAUUAUGCAUUUGAUGAAGGGCUAUCAUGCUGAACCAUUUCUGAAGCACUCAGGAAAAACAGAACAAACAAACAAACAAACAACAAAAAAAAAAACGAUAUGUGCUCUCCGAGGGGGAAGUGGUGUAGCUUUAGGUGAUAAUCUUGUUGU